GGGUCCACGCUAGAGUUUGGUGAGGAGGCUAUUAAAAGGGUUUAAGGUUUUUCAUUCCAUUUGCGUUACCCAUCCCGCUUCUCCUCUGUCCAACCAUCUCUCUCAAACUUCUUUCUUUUUGCUACUUUGAGAUCGAAUAGUUUCUCCGCCAUGGUUACCAUCAAGUUUAUCAAAGCUAGACAGAUCUAUGACAGUCGUGGUAAUCCCACUGUAGAGGCUGAUGUUCAUCUAGAUGAUGGAACUUACGCCAGAGCUGCUGUUCCUAGUGGUGCAUCCACUGGAAUUUAUGAAGCUCUUGAACUCAGAGAUGGAGGGAAAGACUUCAUGGGAAAAGGUGUCUACAAGGCAGUUCAGAACGUAAAUGAGAUUAUUGGCCCUGCUUUGGUUGGCAAGGACCCAACUGAGCAAACUGCUAUUGACAACUUCAUGGUUCAACAACUCGAUGGAACUGUCAAUGAGUGGGGUUGGUGUAAGCAAAAGUUGGGAGCAAAUGCUAUCUUGGCCGUUUCACUUGCUGUCUGCAAAGCUGGAGCACAAGUCAAGAAAAUUCCUUUGUAUAAGCACAUUGCAGAGCUUGCUGGAAACAAGAAGUUGGUAUUGCCGGUUCCAGCUUUCAAUGUCAUCAAUGGAGGAUCUCAUGCAGGAAACAAGCUUGCAAUGCAAGAGUUCAUGAUUCUGCCUACCGGAGCUUCCUCAUUCUGUGAGGCAAUGAAGAUGGGUAGUGAAGUAUACCACAGCUUGAAGACUGUGAUUAAGAAAAAGUAUGGUCAAGAUGCAACCAAUGUUGGUGAUGAGGGUGGCUUUGCUCCCAACAUCCAGGAGAACAAGGAAGGUCUUGAGUUGCUAAAAACUGCCAUCGAGCAGGCUGGUUACACCGGCAAAGUUGUCAUUGGUAUGGAUGUCGCUGCAUCUGAGUUUUACAAGGAGGACAAGACUUAUGACUUAAACUUCAAGGAAGAGAAUAAUGACGGAUCACAAAAAAUCUCUGGUGAUGCCCUUAAGGAUCUGUACAAGUCAUUCGUUGCUGAGUACCCGAUAGUGUCUAUUGAGGAUCCAUUUGACCAAGAUGACUGGGAGCACUAUGGCAAGAUGACUGCCGAAAUGGGAGAUAAAGUACAAAUUGUCGGAGACGAUUUGUUGGUCACUAACCCCAAGAGAGUUGCAAAGGCUAUCAACCAAAAGACUUGCAAUGCCCUUCUUCUCAAGGUUAAUCAAAUUGGGUCUGUCACAGAAAGUAUUGAGGCCGUGAAGAUGUCCAAACGUGCUGGGUGGGGUGUGAUGGCUAGCCACCGCAGUGGAGAAACUGAAGACACUUUCAUUGCUGAUCUUGCAGUCGGUCUUUCCACGGGUCAAAUCAAGACUGGAGCUCCGUGUAGAUCUGAACGUCUUGCCAAAUAUAACCAGCUAUUGCGUAUUGAAGAGGAGCUCGGUGCAGAUGCGGUGUAUGCCGGAGCAAACUUCCGGGUACCUGUUGAGCCCUACUAAGGAGGUAGAGAUUGAAUCUUAAAUUAGCAACUGAGCAUCUGGUUUUGGUGACAAAUUGAACACUAAUUAUUCGUCAAUAAAUAAAUUUGACAUAGUGUUGCGCAGCAACUUUCUUCUAAAAUUUUGGUGACAAAUUGAACACUAAUUAUUAGUAUCAAAAUAUUUAUGUUUUGGAUUCUAUUGGAAGAUAUUUUGAUUUGAGCUUGUUUUUAUGAAAUGAAUGAAAGUUAGUAUUUUGAUA